AUGACGGGUAAGAACUUGCUUCUGGUUGUACAGGUACGAAAGCUCGUCCUCGAUAGAUGUCGCUCGGUUGAAGGGAAAAUCGAAGGCCUCACAGCCGAGUUCGUCAACCUCCAGUUCCUCAGUUUGAUAAACGUCGGCCUAAUCUCAGUGUCCAACCUACCUAAACUAGCAAAACUGAAGAAGCUGGAGUUGAGCGACAACAGAAUCGGCGGCGGCCUCGACAUCUUAGCUAGGAAACUCCCCAACCUCACACAUCUAAACCUGAGCGGAAACAAAUUGAAAGACAUCGGCACGUUGGAGCCGUUGAAAAAGCUGGAACACCUGAAGAGUCUGGACCUGUUCAACUGUGAAGUAACGAACCUGAACGACUACAGAGAGAGCGUCUUCAAUCUGCUGCCUCAGCUCACAUACCUGGACGGCUACGACAUGGAGGACAUGGAAGCCUCCGACUCUGACGGAGAGGUGGACGGAGACGGCGUGGAUGAUGACGAGGACGAAGGUACGAGGCCCUAAGAGGAAACGACGAAGGUUGCUGGAAGGCUUCUCUGUUUUCCCGUUAAAUAGACUCAAAUUAUCCCAGAGAAAUCAUGGAUAGUUUCUGGUCCAAGUUGAUGGUGCACAGUGAGAAAAGGCUUUUUUUUCAUGUUCUGAUGGUUCUAACGGAGCACUGAAGAAGUCCUGAGAACAAAGUCUGUGGCUGGAAUGUC